AUGUUGCCUGACCAAGAGACUAUGGAUGUCCAUCCUGUGCUGAACAUCCACGACGAGUCACUUACUCCACAAACCACAACGCUGCCCACUGAGGUUGACGAACCGACUAUAUACUCCUCUCUCGGAGUACAGAGUAGUUUUCACCUACAGACGAACCACAUCUCAAACAAACUACUAGCCGAGCCCGGGCUCUCUGCGGAGGCCGCGCUCGCUUUGAACGCUUCCAUGGAUGCGUGGACACACACAGUUCCGACAUAUUUCCAGCUUUCGCAUGCGCCCAGGUCGACGGCUCCGUGGUAUUCAUUCGCUCGCUCUCGGCUGUGGUGGAGGUUCUGGAAUCUCAAGAUCAUCAUCUUCCGACAGAUAUUGUUGCGCCGAGCCAUCUCUGAGCGAGGUCAGAUCCCAGACCUAGCCAUGCAGUCAAGCCAAGAGGACUGUAAGCGAAUUUGUCUCGAAGCUGCGCAUUCUACGGUGGUUUCGAUACAUCAGUAUGCAACACAGGACUUGAAUAGACUUGAGGGUUGGUACGCGACGUACUUCCUUUUCCACGCGGCACUAGUAAUAACCCUCUGCAUCAUCAGCUUCCCGCGCGCUGAGGAGACUGCGAUCUGGUAUGAGGAUGUUCGCUUGGCCCGAACCACCUUCCGCGAACGGCUUGUUGGGGAUUCGUUGUCAGCCCGCUGCGUGGCCAUCCUUGACCAAGUGGUGUCUGACGGCGAGUUGGACUCCGGUACACUGCAGGAUCUGGAGCUGGACAAAGACGCCUUGAGUACGUUUCCAUGGUCCGUUGAGUCCAAUGAGUUAUUCAACUCCUUCGAUUGGGAUUUUACUACGUCCGGUUUCUAA